AUGGCGGAAGUGGACCACCCCCUUCCCCCAAUGUCGCCGACACUCGACCCGUCCCCAACAGGCGUGUAUGCGCUCAUCCACGCCCUCCAUACCGAGAUCCUCGAGGCCAUCGACUCGGCCCUCGACUGGGAAGAGCUCAAGUCCCCAAGCGUCAACUACUCGAUCGUUAGACCCAUCAUCGAGAGGUUUGCGCCGACAGAGGAUGGGACCGGGUCUGCGCGAACAUCCCUCGGUGCCGUGCUAUAUGCGUGCAUGGCGAACCGUAUCGAGUUUUCCGAGCUCGCAGACAACGACCUCAGCUACCAGCCACUUCAGCAGUCGCGUGCCGAGUUUUGCGAGCUGCUCGCAAUCAAGUUACUGCGGACCUUCCAUAACCCCAACGACGAGGAGGAGCUUGCGUCACAGCUCGUGCGACAGUGGUGUGCCCUCGAUGGCGCGCCCGAGGACGUGUGGCGACGCGUGGAUGACCGCGAAGAGGCGGCCGCGUCCAGAAGCUCAGCGCUUGAUGUCGCCAUCGUCGCUGGCGCUAAGCGCUUCAUCGCCCAGCCUGUCCUCCAGCAUAUCCUGCAGGAGAUCAGCUGCGGUAACCUCACCUACGCGCCGCAGCAAACGACAGCCGUUAUUCGCGACACGUUUGUGUCACCGCGCCACAGUCACAUCCAACUCCCUGGCACCGACAACGAUGGCGAGGAGAGCAGCCUGAGCAUUGCUCAGGCCGAGGCCGAGGCGCGUGGACACGACGUCGAGGUGUAUGCCUACAACCCGUACUUGGCUGGCUGGCUCGACGUGGGACGCCUCCGUGUGCCCCGCUGGCGCCACGCCAUCGAGUUUGCGACUUUCUUCGCCCUCCUCGUCCUUUUCUGCAUCACCCUCACGAACCGCUCCCUCGGCCACAUUACUGGCCUCGAGAUCUUCUUCAUCAUCUUCUCGUUUGGGUUCCUCCUCGAUGAGAUUACGUCGAUCCGCGAGAGCGGUCUUCUCGUCCACUUCACCAACGUGUGGAACGCAUUCGACGUGUCUUACGUUGUCAUCUUCAUCACCUACUUCUUCCUGCGCAUGGAUGCCCUCUACCACAACGACAAGGUGCAGUCUGACCGUGCGUUCGACAUUCUCGCGUGCGGCGCGUGCUUCCUCUUCCCGCGCCUCAUCUUCUACUUCCUCAAGAACAAUGCGGUUAUUCUGUCCCUCCAGGGCAUGAUCGCCACCAUGGUCGGGUUCAUGUGCAUGAUCUCCAUCGCCUUCACCGGUAUCGGGUUCACGCUUUGGCGUCUCGGUACGCCCCUGUGGGACGCCGGCCGCGUAGCCCGCCUCAUGUUCAAGAUCUGGUUUAGCAAGGGCUUCAGCCACGAAGACGCCGUCUCGAUCAACCCCGAACUUGGGCCUAUCGUGCUGACAAUGUUUGCGUUCCUGUGCAGCAACAUGCUCUUCUCGAUGAUGGUCUCGAUGAUGUCCAGCAAGUACGCCAAUGUCCAGAAGAACGCGCAGCAGGAGUAUCUCUUCCAGCGUGCGGUCAGCACGCUUGAGGCUCUCAGAGCCGAUUCGCUCUUCUACUACAUCCCGCCCUUCAACCUCCCAGCGGCCCUCAUCCUCGCGCCUCUCAGCUACGUCCUUGAGCCGCAGAAGAUGCACGACAUCAACGUCUUCUGCAUCCGCCUCACAAACUUCCCAGUCCUUCUCGGCAUUUCAGCUUUUGAGCGCCACCGCUACCGUAAGAUGCGGCGCGCGAUCCGCCUCAGCGAGCGCGGAAUCCACCAGACUGUCGUCAAGGGGUCUCUCUUUGGCACCAUCAUGGGUGGGGAGAGCACGGUUAUCCGCGCGGCUUUCCACCUCGCCCCGCCCGUCAAGAUCGGCCCGCCUGCAACUCCUACCAAGGACUUGGAGCGUGGACCCGAGGUCAAGCCCCUCGCGCCAGAGCGCCCCGAGGGCCGCACCAACGCCAACACGCUCGCCCGCCUGUUCUCCCGGGGUCCGAUGCGCCAGCGUAGCGGCAGUACGGGUGCGCCCGACCACACGGUCGCUGUGUCGGCGCAGGACUGGGCGGCCAUGCGCGACUCCCAGGCCCGCCUCGAGGCCAUGCUCAGCACGUUCAUGGCUGCAUCGGGUAUCGACCUUCCUACUGGCAAGGGCAAGAGCCCGACCAAAAGCCCCGAGAAGGACUCGACCGAUGUCAAGCAGGAGAGCAAGUAG